UAAUUAUAAUUAUAUUAUUACGUUAAUUAUUGCGUUUGCGCGCGUGCGUGCAAGCUCUAUUUUCUAUUGCUAUAUUAUAAUACUAUUAUUACAUACUCGUACGAGUAUUACCAUCGGAACAAUUAAUAUUGCAAUAUUAUGUACCUAUUAUGUACUUAUUAAUAAUUAUAUCAGCGAAGAGCAAAAGCGACGGCUUUCCUUCCAUUGGGCGGCUCUACCCGCUGCAGCACAACCGGUAACCGUCGCAUUCAAACGGGCCGCGGCGGCGUCGGCAACAGCUAACAAUCGUCAUCGGCCGCAGUUCGUGUUCGCACUGCACGCGCAUACGAUAUCAUAGCCGCUCACAAUUUCCGGCGGCGGCGAUAUUGUUGUUAUAUUUUAUUUUAUUUUUUUUGGUCGUCGACACAAUAAUUCACACCUACUUGGAUCUCAAUCACUUGCAACAACUGCACCUGCAGAGCCGGUCGUCAAGCGUCUCGUCCCGUUCGCGCCUGGUCCACGGGGCUCGUCAAACCGUUUUCGAUCGAAACACACCCGCAAGUUGCCGGUGCUGCAUCGAAGAUCGUCGUGGGUCAUCAUAUACGUGGGCUCGGACGCUGUACAAACUGCUACUGCAAUUGCUAUAUUGCUACUGUUUCUAUAAUAUUGCUUAGUUUUUAGUGAGAUCAUAAACCUAUAACUUUUUCACAUCGAAAUGGAUCAAAAACCGCUACUAGAAUCGCGACCAAACGGCGACGUUGCUAAAAGCUCGGCACCAACGAUCGGCAAGUCCGGCGAGAACGGUCACGCCGACGGUAUUACCGAGCCGCAGCCGUACCGUCUGUCAUCGCCUUCGCCGUCGUAUCUCGGGUCCACCCCGUCGCAGGCGUACCUUGGGUCCACGCCGCCGCAGCCGUUUCGCAGACGGUGCGACUCGAUGACCGCCAACGAGGAUGGCGACCAGAACGAGUCCAAAGUGUUGGUCAUCUACACGGGCGGCACCAUCGGGAUGAUCCGGAACGACGAUAACAUGUUGGUGCCCACACCUAGCAACGGCAACUCCACGGAUUUUCUCAUGGAGCACAAGAUGCGCCAGGACCACCGUUUGUACGACGCAAAGUACGCACAACACAAGUACGGGGCGUCCAUGAACUGCAGCCCGCUAGUGUUGCCCAUGGUCAAGGGAUUCCGACGGAUCGUUUACUCGGUGUACCAAUACCCAGAGCUGUUAGACUCAAGCAACAUGUGCAUGCGUGAUUGGCGGAGCAUUGCUGAAGACAUAUGGCAAGCCUACGAACUGUACGACGGAUUCGUCGUGUUACACGGCACCGAUACGUUGGCGUACACUGCGUCCGCGCUGUCGUUCAUGUUUGAGAACCUCGGCAAGACCAUCAUCAUUACGGGUGCUCAACUGCCGGUGUUCGACUUGCGAAGCGACGGAAGUGACAACUUCGUCACCAGUUUGCUGAUGGCCGGUAACUAUUGCAUUCCCGAGGUGACGAUUCUGUUCCAUAACAAACUUUUGCGCGGCAACCGCACUGUCAAGGUGGACUGCGAGAGCUUCGCUGCGUUCGACUCACCAAACUUGGCGCCGCUGGCCGUCAUCGGGAUCGACAUCAAUGUGUCGUUUAGACAGAUCUUUCGGCCGAGGUCCAUCGAAAAGUUCACAGUUCACCUACAGCUGGAUGAGAACGUCAGUUUGCUGCGAAUUUUCCCCAACAUUACAGCCGAUACGGUACGUACGUUCCUGCAGCCACCCAUCCGAGGUGUGGUGCUCCAAACAUAUGGAGCUGGAAACUUGCCGGGCAACCGCUCCGACAUUAUGGCCGAGCUGAAGGCCGCCACCGAUCGAGGCGUCAUCGUGUUCAACUGCAGUCAGUGCUUCAAGGGAUCGGUAACGGCUGUAUACCAAACCGGGCAUGUGCUGAACCAGGUUGGUGUCAUAUCGGGCAACGACAUCACUCCCGAGGCGGCACUCGCCAAACUCUCGUACGUCCUAUCGAAGGACGACUGGGACCUGAGCACCAAGCGGAUGAUGCUUGGAGCAAAUCUGAGGGGUGAGAUGAGCGGUGGACCUCCAAAACCACCACGGAAAAACCGAGCCGCGGACGAGUGGGACCUAGUGGACGCCGUGGCCCGCACCCUAUUGCACGUGAACGGAUCUCAAGAGUUGACAGCUCUCGGAGGCGUCCUGUUUCCCGCAAUGCUGGGAAACGCCGUCGCUCGUUCCGACUUGAACAAACUGGACGAACUCAAAGGCUUCGGAGCUGACUUUUCCGCACAAAACGCCGACGGUCGUACAGCCUUGCACUUAGCGUGCGCCUUGGGAGACGUCCGCAUCGUCCGGUACCUGUUGUUAAAUGGAGCCAGCGUACACAUCAAAGACCAAUUCGACAGGACGCCGUUGAUCGACGCCGUCGAAAACGACCGAAAUGAUGUGGUGGCGCUGUUGCGAAGGUGCGGUGCCCAUCUCAACUCGCCCGCCAAGCACGUCGGUCAACAGCUGUGCAAUGCCGCGGCCAAGGGAAACUUGCAGAGGCUGAAAUCUUACGCCGCCGCCGGAGCCGACCCAUCUUCUGCUAAGGACAUGUACGGCAGAACACCAUUGCACGCAGCCGCGCUCACCAACCAAACGGAAGUGGUCGAGUACUUGUUGUCGCUGCACUCGGCCGUCUUCGCCCUCGGGCACGUGGAAGCCGGACCUCCGGCCGACAUGCUGGGCGUGACUCCGGUGGACGUUGCUCGGGCUGCCGGUUACGCUGUCCUCGCCGAACAGCUCCAGCAGCACUUCAAAAACUGCAGCGGACGCGAGCAAAAGAAUUCGCGACAGCAGAAUGGCGGCGGAGCGGAGCACAAAGUGGAGGCGUAGCCCUGCAACCCCUUAAAUAUAAUAAGACCUAACACGGGACUGCUGCAUCGACGUAAUUCACCUGUACGAUUAUUAUUAUUAUUAUUAUUAUUAUUCCUACCACUAUAUUAUUAUUAUAAUUAUUAUUAUUUUGUAAAAUUUCGUCGUAAAGCAAAGCGUUACGGCGCGCGUUAUAAUAUUAUAAUGUUUUCCGUAUUAGGCAAAUAAUAUUACAUUAUUAUUAUUAUUGACAUCGCAUAAUGGAGCCCGCAGAGGUUUCGACCUAAGUUAGGUCUGGGGCGAUGGCCUUUUUUUUUUGACCACCUCGUCCCGUUUGCUCACUGACUCUCUCUCUCUCUCUCUCUCUCUCUCUCUCAUAUUAUGUGACCUUAUUUUAAGCUCAUAUUUCUCGAACCUCCGCAUCGACUUUUGUACCGAUGUAGUUAAUAAUCACCGAUGUAGUAUAAAAA